AUGUCGGCCGCGGCGGGGACGCCACCGGAAGGCGGAGGGGAUCGGCCGUGGCAGUCUUACCAUACCGCAUACACCAACGCCAAAGCUGGAAUGGAGGGUGUUGACAAAGACAAGGUGCAGAAGGUAAUCUAUGAAAUGAGCAAGGGCUCAAAAUAUUUCGAAAAUGAGCAGAGGAAGGAGGCAGUCACCAAACAAAAGAUUGAACAUCUCCGUGCACAAUGUGCAGCAUUGACUGAUAAUGACAUAUCACAUUUUCAGAAGGUUGCUGAGAAGAAAAUGUUAGAGUUGGAAGCUUCACGAGAUCUUUCAAAGAUAUGGCUUCACACUGACAUGGAUGCCUUUUAUGCUGCUGUUGAGACAUUGGAGAAUCCAUCCUUGAAGGGAAAACCCUUGGCAGUUGGUAGCAUGUCUAUGAUAGCUACUGCCAGUUAUGAGAGGUAUGAUCCCAACUUCAUUGCAACAAGUCUUGAUGAAGCAUACCUCAACAUAACUAAUGUUUGCACUGAGAGAGGCAUUACAGGCGAGGCGGUUGCUACUGAACUUAGGUCUGCCAUUCACCAGGAAACUGGUCUAACAUGUAGUGCUGGGGUUGCUCCAAACCGUAUGAUUGCGAAGGUUUGCUCUGAUAUUAACAAGCCCAAUGGGCAGUUUAUUUUGCCAAAUGACCAGGAAGCUGUGUUGACAUGUGUAUCUACAUUGCCUAUAAGAAAGAUAGGUGGCAUAGGUAAGGUAACAGAACAGAUGUUACGUCAGGUUCUUGGAAUCAGUACAUGUCAGGAGAUGCUGCAAAUGGCUGCUUUUUUAUGUGCUCUUUUUUCGGAAGGCUCAGCUGAUUUCUUCCUUUCGGUUGGUCUUGGGUUAGGAGGUACAGAAACCCCAGAGCAAAGGAAAAGGAAAAGUAUCAGUUGCGAGCAAACUUUCACAGCAACAAAUGAUUCUUCUUUGCUUUUCGAAAAAUUAGAUAGCCUUGCAGAAAAUUUAACUGAUGAUUUGCAAAAGAAGGGUUUGAAGGGAAAGACACUAACACUCAAACUGAAGACUGCAGAUUUUGAGGUUCGGACAAGGGCAGUAACUACACGGAACUACAUCAACUCCAAGGAAGAUAUCCUGGUCUAUGCUACAAAGUUGCUUAAGGCUGAAAUGCCUCUUUCUUUGAGACUGAUGGGAUUGCGGAUGUCUCAGCUGCAUGAUGAGAAGGAUGAUCCAUCUACUUCAACACAAAAGACACUAGAUAUAUUUUUCCGUUCAUCAAACAGUAACUCAAAUGUCAAUGGAAUAAAUGUUCAGAGAAUCACUAAUACCUCAGGGCAGGAUAAUGAUUCUAUUACUCUCACAACCAAGGAGGAGUACUUGGUACUUGAUUCUGGCACAGGUGUUUCCACAGAUCAACAGGAUUUCUUCCUACAUGAUGAGAGCUGUUUUAUUCCCGAACAAAGGAGUUUAGGCAAUUAUAGUAAUGAGGCUGUCCUAAGCAACCCGUUAGGUGGAACAAAGUUAGAUGAUGUGUCUUCCAGUGCAAAGGUUGCGCCCACUGAGAAGUUGAAUGAACCUGAUAACUUGACCAGUCCGAAGGCUGUGGCUUCAUCAAGCAAACCUGAUCAGCAAUCAUGGAUUAAUGGCUACAUUUGUUCCAUUUGUGGAUUUGAACUACCUCCAGGCUUUGAGGAGGAGAGACUAGAACAUUCAGAUUUUCACUUGGCUGAAACACUCCAGCAGGAAGAAGCAGUGGACGGUACAAGACACAUAUCAAACGAGAGUAGGCUGGCUGAAAGACCAUGCUCUACUACACCCACACCCAAGAAGAAACUGAAGUCUUCUAAAAGGAAAAGCCCAAUUGACGCUUUCUUCACGAAGUGUAAUAAGAACAAGAACUUGAAAAUUACCGAGAAGCUACGUGUUGAUGUGCUUGUAUCGAAGUCCACGCUGCAGAGCGAACAUGGUGUUUCACUUCAGAGUGAGUGUGUCGUUCCUGAAGGUGUCAAAGCUGCUGGGUUUCAGAUCUCUGCCGAUGACCUAGCAUCACUCGUUGAAAAUCAUGACACUGAAAAGUUGACCGCGCUUGGCCAGCUGGAUGGGAUCGCAGACAAGUUGGCGACGUCGUUAGCUGAUGGAAUCACCACAGAUGAGUGCAGCCUGAAUCAACGGCAGGACAUGUAUGGAGCGAACAAGUUCACGGAGAGUGAGGUCCGCGGCUUAUGGGAGUUUGUGUGGGAGGCGCUGCAAGAUACUACUCUUGUAAUUCUUAUAGCAUGUGCCCUUGUAUCUUUUGUUGUCGGCGUUGCCACGGAAGGGUGGCCGAGUGGUGCCCAUGAUGGCAUUGGAAUUUUUACAAGUAUCCUCCUGGUUGUUUCUGUUACUGCAACGAGCAAUUAUAAGCAGUCUUUACAAUUCAGGGAUCUGGACAAAGAGAAAAGGAAAAUUUCUAUUCAGGUUACCAGAGAUGGGUUCAGACAAAGGAUAUUGAUAGAUGAUCUUCUUCCUGGUGAUGUUGUCUACCUAGCUGUUGGAGAUCAGGUUCCUGCAGAUGGCCUCUUUAUUUCGGGGUAUUCUGUAUUGAUCAACGAGUCCAGCCUAACUGGUGAGAGUGAACCUGUUGUCAUAAAUGAAGACAACCCUUUUCUUUUGUCAGGGACUAAAGUCCUAGAUGGGUCAUGCAAAAUGCUGGUUACAGCAGUAGGGAUGCGAACACAGUGGGGCAAACUAAUGGCUGCCAUCACUGAAAGUGGGGAUGAUGAAACUCCGCUGCAGGGUAAACUAAAUGGAGUUGCAAAUACUAUUGGAAAUAUUGGUCUGUUUUUUGCCCUUUUAACUUUUGUUAUCCUCUCGCAAGGGCUAGUGGGCCAGAAAUACGUUGAUGGGCUUCUUUUAAGCUGGUCUGGAGAAGACGUGCUGGAGAUACUGGAACAUUUUGCCAUUGCAGUCACAAUUGUUGUUGUUGCUGUUCCUGAGGGAUUGCCUUUAGCAGUGACAUUGAGCCUUGCAUUUGCAAUGAAGAAGAUGAUGAAUGAGAAGGCACUGGUACGACAGUUAGCUGCCUGUGAAACUAUGGGCUCAGCCACAGUCAUCUGUAGUGACAAGACAGGAACUCUUACAACUAAUCGCAUGUCUGUCAUGAAGGCUUGCAUAUGUGGAAACAUCAUGGAAGUGACCAAUCCACCAGUGCUUUCAAGUUUUUCUUCCAAACUCCCAGAAUUUGCUUUGCAAAUUCUUCUGGAAUCCAUUUUUAACAACACUGCUGGUGAAGUGGUGAUUAACCAAGAUGGGAAGUGUCAGAUACUAGGGACCCCAACUGAGGCUGCUUUGUUGGACUUUGCAUUGUCAAUACGUGGAAACUUCAAAGAAAAACGGCAGGAAACUAAGAUUGUUAAAGUUGAGCCUUUUAAUUCAACAAAAAAGAGGAUGAGCAUCAUUCUCGAGCUUCCCGGUGGAGGAUACCGUGCACAUUGUAAAGGUGCUUCAGAAGUAGUCUUGGCUUCCUGUGAUAAAUUCAUAGAUGCCAGAGGUAUUAUUGUUGCACUUGAUAAAACAGCUACAAAGAAACUCAGUGAUAUCAUUGAAACCUUUUCUAAAGAAGCACUCAGGACACUCUGCCUUGCUUAUCAGGAAAUGGAUAAUAGCUUUUCCAUUGAUGAGCAAAUACCGCUACAAGGAUACACAUGCAUUGGUAUUGUUGGGAUCAAAGAUCCUGUUCGUCCAGGUGUCAGGCAGUCUGUGGCAACUUGCCGGUCUGCUGGCAUUGCCGUUCGAAUGGUUACAGGAGACAACAUAAAUACAGCAAAGGCAAUUGCUCGUGAAUGUGGUAUACUUACUGAGGAUGGUAUUGCCAUUGAAGGUGCUGAGUUCAGAGAGAAAAAUCCCAAAGAACUCCUUGAGUUAAUUCCAAAGAUGCAGGUCCUGGCUCGAUCGUCACCACUUGAUAAGUAUACACUUGUGAAACACUUGCGUACCACGUUUAAUGAGGUUGUUGCCGUGACUGGUGAUGGUACAAAUGACGCACCAGCACUACGUGAGGCAGAUAUUGGACUUGCCAUGGGAAUUGCAGGGACUGAGGUAGCAAAAGAGAGCGCUGAUGUUGUUAUUCUUGAUGAUAAUUUCUCCACCAUCGUAACAGUAGCCAAAUGGGGACGAUCUGUUUAUGUCAACAUCCAAAAGUUUGUGCAGUUCCAGCUGACUGUUAAUAUUGUCGCACUUCUGGUUAACUUCUCUUCCGCGUGCUUUACAGGAGAUGCUCCACUGACAGCUGUUCAACUUCUUUGGGUUAACAUGAUCAUGGAUACCCUAGGAGCGCUUGCACUUGCAACUGAACCACCUGAUGAUAACUUAAUGAAGAAAUCACCAGUUGGAAGGGCAGGGAAAUUCAUCACAAACGUGAUGUGGAGGAAUAUUGUGGGGCAGUCAAUAUUCCAGUUUGUGGUCAUUUGGUAUCUACAAACUCAAGGGGAAUACUUGUUUGGGCUUGAAGGCUCUGAAGCUAAUACUGUUCUAAAUACAAUCAUAUUCAACACUUUCGUCUUCUGCCAGGUGUUCAAUGAGAUAAGCUCAAGAGACAUGGAGGAGAUCAAUGUUAUCAAGGGCUUGCCACAGAACUCCAUUUUCAUGUGCAUCCUCGCUGGCACCAUCAUCUUCCAGUUCAUCCUCGUCCAGUUCCUGGGAGAUUUUGCUAACACCACACCUCUCACCCAGCUCCAAUGGUUCGUCAGCAUUCUCUUUGGUCUCCUCGGGAUGCCCAUUGCUGCUGCCAUCAAACUAAUUCCUGUGGAACCUCAUGGAGACGAUGGACGAAUAUCAUAA